GCGCGGCGCGGAGGGGCGCGGAGCCCGGCGGCUCGGGGCCCAGAGAGCGCCGCGGCCGGGUGCCGGCCGGCCCCUGACAGCCCUCCCUCUAGCAGGCCACGACGACGACGAGAGUGCCGGUCAUGGCGGAGCAGCGAACCCAGCGCGGACCCUGAGCAACACCGCAUGGAGCGGGACGAACGGCCGCCAAGCGGAGGGGGAGGCGGCGGGGGCUCGGCGGGGUUCCUGGAGCCGCCUGCCGCGCUCCCUCCGCCGCCGCGCAACGGAUUUUGUCAGGAUGAAUUGGCAGAGCUUGACCCAGGCACUAAUGAUCGGGCUGAACAACGAACCUGUCUCAUUUGUGGGGACCGCGCCACAGGCUUGCAUUAUGGGAUCAUCUCCUGUGAAGGCUGCAAAGGGUUUUUCAAGCGGAGCAUUUGCAACAAGCGGGUAUAUCGAUGCAGUCGUGACAAGAACUGUGUCAUGUCUCGGAAGCAGAGGAACAGGUGCCAGUACUGCCGCCUGCUCAAAUGCCUCCAGAUGGGAAUGAACCGGAAGGCAAUCAGAGAAGAUGGCAUGCCUGGAGGCCGAAACAAGAGCAUAGGACCAGUUCAGAUUUCAGAGGAAGAGAUCGAAAGGAUCAUGUCUGGGCAGGAAUUUGAGGAAGAGGCCAAUCACUGGAGCAACCAUGGUGAUAGUGACCACAGUUCCCCUGGGAACAGAGCUUCAGAGAGCAACCAGCCCUCACCAGGCUCCACACUGUCCUCCAGUAGGUCUGUGGAGCUAAAUGGAUUCAUGGCAUUCAGGGAGCAGUACAUGGGUAUGUCUGUGCCUCCACACUAUCAAUACAUACCACACCUUUUCAGCUAUUCUGGCCACUCGCCACUUCUGCCUCCACAAGCUCGCAGUUUGGAUCCCCAGUCAUACAGUCUGAUUCACCAGCUCUUGUCAGCCGAGGACCUGGAGCCAUUAGGCACACCUAUGUUGAUUGAAGAUGGAUAUGCGGUGACACAGGCAGAACUAUUUGCCCUACUUUGCCGCCUGGCCGAUGAGCUGCUCUUUAGGCAGAUUGCCUGGAUCAAGAAACUGCCUUUCUUCUGCGAGCUCUCAAUCAAGGAUUACACAUGCCUCCUGAGCUCCACAUGGCAAGAGUUAAUCCUGCUGUCCUCCCUCACUGUUUAUAGCAAGCAGAUCUUUGGAGAGCUGGCUGAUGUCACUGCCAAGUACUCACCCUCUGAUGAAGAACUACACAGAUUUAGUGACGAAGGGAUGGAGGUGAUUGAGCGACUCAUCUACCUAUAUCACAAGUUCCAUCAGCUAAAGGUCAGCAAUGAAGAAUAUGCUUGCAUGAAAGCAAUUAACUUCCUAAAUCAAGAUAUCAGGGGUCUGACCAGUGCCUCACAGCUGGAACAGUUGAACAAGCGAUAUUGGUACAUUUGCCAGGAUUUCACUGAAUAUAAAUAUACACAUCAGCCGAAUCGUUUUCCUGACCUCAUGAUGUGCUUGCCUGAGAUUCGAUACAUUGCAGGAAAGAUGGUGAAUGUGCCCCUGGAGCAGCUGCCCCUCCUCUUUAAGGUGGUACUGCAUUCCUGCAAGACAAGUGUGGGCAAGGAAUGACCUGUUCCAAGUGCCCCUCCUUAGGCCAACUACAGCGCCUUGGGUGGGCAGGACAGGCUUCAGAGGAAAGAGCCAGAGAGACCAAAAUGGAGGCUGUGGAGCAUCGUUUCCAGCUGCUUCCAUAGCAAGAAGAGUUUUUGUUUGUUUGUCUGUUUUUUAACCUCAUUUUUCUAUAUAUUUAUUUCACGACAGAGUUGAAUGUAUGGCCUUCAACAUGAUGCACAUGCUUUUGUGUGAAUGCAGCAGAUGCAUUUCCUUGCAGUUUACAGAAUGUGAAGAUGA